AUGAUACAGAUGCCAGGUGACAGAUCAGGGAGGAGACCCUCAAGCAAGCGGGCGCCCAAAGCUCAGGGUACGCCGGGCAGGCGCGGAGCCCAGCCUGGAGAGAAGGAGCAGGCUGGGGGCAGCCCAAGGCCAGGAUCUCCCCGGAGGAAACCAACAGAGCGCAGGAGACAUCGUGAGGAGCUGGGGGAACAGGUGCGGAGGAGCACGACAGAGAGGACCUGCGAAGGGAGGAGGAAGAGGGACGGGAGGGCUUCCCUCAAGGAGCAGAGAGAACCCCCACAGAAGGAAAAGAAGGCUCCAAGGAAGGAGGAGACAUGGAAGCCGCUGAAGAAACCCAGGUCAUCCUCCUUGGCCUCCAGUGCCUCUGGUGGGGAGUCCCUGUCGGAGGAGGAGCUGGCCCGGAUCCUGGAGCAGGUGGAAGAAAAGAAGAAGCUCAUUGCCACCGUGCGGAACAAGCCCUGGCCCAUGUCAAAGAAGCUGACAGAGCUCAGGGAGGCCCAAGCAUUUGUGGAGAGGUAUGAAGGAGCCUUGGGCAAGGGGAAAGGCAAGCGACUCUACGCCUACAAGAUGCUGAUGGCUAAGAAAUGGGUCAAGUUGAAGCGAGACUUUGAUAAUUUCAAGACUCAGUGUAUUCCUUGGGAAAUGAAGAUCAAGGACAUUGAAAGUCACUUUGGUUCUUCGGCGGCAUCGUACUUCAUCUUCCUCCGAUGGAUGUAUGGUGUGAACCUCGUCCUUUUUGGCUUAAUAUUUGGUCUAGUCAUAAUCCCCGAGGUACUGAUGGGCAUGCCCUAUGGAAGUAUUCCCAGAAAAACAGUGCCUCGGGCUGAGGAAGAAAAAGCCAUGGACUUUUCUGUCCUUUGGGAUUUUGAGGGCUACAUCAAGUAUUCCCCUCUCUUCUACGGCUACUACAACAACCAGAGGACCAUUGGGUGGCUGAGGUACAGGCUGCCUAUGGCUUACUUUAUGGUGGGGGUCAGCGUGUUCGGCUACAGCCUGAUGAUUGUCAUUAGAUCGAUGGCCAGCAAUACCCAGGGAAGCACAGGUGAGGGGGAGAGUGACAACUUCACAUUCAGCUUCAAGAUGUUCACCAGCUGGGACUACCUGAUUGGGAAUUCAGAGACGGCCGACAACAAAUAUGCCUCCAUCACCACCAGCUUCAAGGAAUCAAUAGUGGACGAACAAGAGAGUAAUAAAGAAGAAAAUAUCCAUCUGACAAGAUUUCUUCGUGUCCUGGCCAACUUUCUCAUCAUCUGCUGUUUGUGUGGAAGUGGGUACCUCAUUUACUUUGUGGUGAAGCGAUCACAGGAAUUCUCCAAAAGGCAGAAUGUCAGCUGGUAUGAAAGGAAUGAGGUAGAGAUUGUGAUGUCCCUGCUUGGGAUGUUUUGUCCCCCUCUAUUUGAAACCAUCGCUGCCCUGGAAAAUUACCACCCACGCAUCGGACUGAAGUGGCAGCUGGGACGCAUCUUUGCACUCUUCCUGGGGAACCUCUACACAUUUCUCUUGGCCCUGAUGGACGACGUCCACCUCAAGCUUUCUAAUGAAGAGAAAAUAAAGAAUAUUACUCACUGGACUCUGUUUAACUAUUACAACUCCUCGGGUUGGAAUGAGAGUGUCCCCCGACCGCCCCUGCACCCUGCAGAUGUGCCCCGGGGUUCUUGCUGGGAGACAGCUGUGGGCAUUGAAUUCAUGAGGCUGACCGUGUCUGACAUGCUGGUCACAUACAUCACCAUCCUGCUGGGGGACUUCCUGCGGGCUUGUUUUGUCCGGUUCAUGAACCACUGCUGGUGCUGGGACCUGGAGGCUGGAUUUCCCUCAUAUGCUGAGUUUGAUAUUAGUGGAAAUGUGCUGGGUCUGAUCUUCAACCAAGGGAUGAUCUGGAUGGGCUCCUUCUAUGCGCCAGGUCUGGUGGGCAUCAACGUUCUGCGCCUGCUGACCUCCAUGUACUUCCAGUGCUGGGCAGUGAUGAGCAGCAACGUGCCCCACGAACGCGUGUUCAAAGCCUCCCGGUCCAACAACUUCUACAUGGGCCUCCUGCUGCUGGUGCUCUUCCUCAGCCUCCUGCCGGUGGCCUACACCAUCAUGUCCCUGCCACCCUCCUUCGACUGCGGGCCGUUCAGUGGGAAAAACAGAAUGUAUGAUGUCCUCCAGGAGACCAUUGAAAACGAUUUCCCAACUUUCCUGGGCAAGAUCUUCGCUUUUCUCGCCAAUCCAGGCCUGAUCAUUCCAGCCAUCCUGCUGAUGUUCCUGGCCAUCUACUACCUGAACUCAGUUUCCAAAAGCCUCUCUCGAGCCAAUGCCCUGCUAAGGAAGAAAAUCCAAGUGCUUCGCGAAGUAGAGAAGAGCCACAAAUCUGUCAAAGGCAGAGCCACAGCCAGAGAUUCGGGAGACACACCUAAAAGCAGCUCCAAAAAUGCCACCCAGCUUCAACUCACCAAGGAAGAAACCACGCCUCCCUCUGCCAGCCAAAGCAAGACCCUGGACAAGGCGCAGGGCCCUGGGACCUCUAGUUCUGCAGGCAGGACCACGCCACCUCCCUCCCAACACCUCCCUGCGUCUCAUUCCCCUGCAAUAAGACCAACUUCCCGCCAAUCCAGGCCUCAGACUCAUCCUAGGAGGUCAGCCUCUGGGAAGACGGCUCUGAAAGCUCCACACUGA